ACCCUCCCCAAAAUAAAACCUUCUUUUUCUUCUUACUUCCUUCUCUUUUGCUUUCUCUCCUUCUUUCCCUCAGCCCUUCAGAGUGCUCUUGACCACUCACACACAUCAUUCCCUCCUCCUCCUCUCACUUAUAUGGCGCCUGCACCGACCAUGGCGGGGACACAGUCUAUAGCCGACCUCACUACAAAGCUCCGGACUACGACUGGAGACAUCCCGCCAUCGCUUAUUGGUGCCUCCUCGACCAUCGUAGGCGAUCGUCUAUAUUUAUUUGGUGGCCGACUCCAGGCGUCAGCCGAAGUAUUGGACAAAGUCUAUGUUUUGAAUCUCGCCUCAGGAAAAUGGACACUUCUCAAGCCUAAAAAUGACGCACCCACCCCACGAUAUUUCCAUUCAGCCAAUGUUUGUCGUACCAAUAAAAAAACGACAAGCAUUAUCUUUUACGGUGGAUUGACGGUCAGCACGAUGGAUACCGAUGGCCUUCGCUCACUUGGCGAUUUAUUUCUUCUGGUUCUUGACCAGAAUCAACCUUAUUGGGAGUACCCAGCAAUUAGCUCAGAGAACAUGCCUCACGAGAGAUAUUCUCAUCUCACUACCAUGACUCACAAUGACCGGUACUUUGUUGUUCUUGGCGGCCAGGACGUAAAUGCAGGCUAUAUUGACGAGAUUAAUAUCUAUGAUUGUCGGCAGAAGAAAUGGCGAGCACCGUAUCCUAUCAAUUCGCAUUAUUGCACGUACCGCACAGCAGCAGCAACAGUUACACCGAUUUCCCCCAGCAUAUCGGUUCCUUCCAGCAAUUUCUCAGGCUUACUCGGAAAUCUCGAAGUCGUACACCGCCAAAAGCUGAAUUCAACCAUUUUCACAUAUAGCAAUUAUAACUUCUACGACCUGAAGCGCACCCUGCAUCAGAUUACCAUUUCGAACAAAGGCCACGUGGUGAGCACCACUGACCUUACAACAUCCCUGAUUGGCAGCCGCCAGAAUACCCCACCAGCCUUACGGUUCCCCGCCGCAUUCGCAUGUGGCCAUCAUUUAAUCGUGGUUGGGCCAUGUAUUACGCCCGAGUCACAGCAGCUGCAUGUGUGGGCCUUGAAUGUGGUGUCAAUGGCAUGGUCGCGGAUAGAUCCAGGGCCAGCACUUUUACGAGGCUCGUGGCUGAGAGGAAUGUUGCACGAAAACCGUAACCAAUUUAUUGUUUUUGGUCAUCCGGGACGAUCCAUGCAAGACGAUCACACGCAACGAGUAAUCCAUUUUGAAUACUUUGCCAGUAUCGAUACUGAGGCAUUUGGUGUAUACCGUCCACCACAGUUGACGUUUGGACCGGCAGCACAAGAAGCAGGAUUGGCGUUGCUGAGCAACCCAGCUUUGUCAGAUAUAACCAUGGUAUCAACCGAUGGCUUCCGCGUGCGAGCCAACUCCAAAAUUAUCGCACAACGCUGGCCGUCUGUGCACACUCGCCUAAUUCCGUUAGUAUCACCGACAUAUACACUGACGUUUCCGGAUACCUACGAUAUUUUGAUCGCAUUCAUCCAGUUUUUGUACACGGAUCAUCUUACAACGGUCGAACAGAAUCAGCCACGGAUCCUCACACGCUUGUUACUUUUGGCAGAUUUGUUUGCGCUGGGUCGUCUAAAGUCACUUACAAUCCAUUCGUUGCACCAGAUGCUACAGAUAUCGACGGCACCCGAUAUUUAUCAAACUGCGGCAUUGGCGGACUGCCCGUCCCUUCAAAUCCGGGCGCUGCGUGUGAUGGUAAAUGCCAAAAAGAUUAUUCAACACCAGCAAAACCAGCAA